AUGACACCCUCUCCAAGUGAAGAGCAAGCUCUUGUCUCCAAUUCAGGUCCAAGCUAUGGAAGUAUCAGCUUCAGCAUCAAAGAUCAAGGUGGUCACGAUGAGACUCUUCGACACCUAGAAGGGGGUGUGAGAGAGGGCAAUUCUCUCCCGAACUGGAAUGAUAGCGAAAAUGCCGAAAAUCCUCGCAACUGGUCGCGUUUGUGGAAAUAUAGCAUCAUUGCGCUGGUGAGCUUUAUUGAGCUUUUCACGCACUUGACGUCCAUGUUGUAUGCUCCGGGUAUACCUGCUAUGCAAAGAGAUUUCAACAGCCACAACAACACACUUGCAACCUUCACCAUGACAAUUUACGUGCUAGGCUUCGCCGUUGGUCCCCUACUGUUCGCUCCACUUUCGGAGGUCUACGGUCGUGUUGUGAUCUACCGAUCCUGCCUGGCCUUGUUCAUGUGUUUCACCGUGGCCUGUGCGCUAUCUUCAAGCAUUGGCAUGCUAGUGGCCUUCCGCUUCAUCGCAGGAUGUUUCGGUGCCGCCCCUGUCGCCAUAGGCGGUGCGAUGGUGUACGAUCUAUUCGAAGUCAAGGAGAGGGGCCUAGCCAUGGCCAUCUACCACUCAGGUCCUAUAUUCGGAAAUCUUCUUGGACCGCCCUUGGGUGGAUUCAUCAUUCAGCACCAAAGUUGGCGGUGGGUUUUUUGGAUCAUCACAAUAUUUGCUGGCUUCGCUUUGCUAUCUUCCUUUUUCAUUCUAAGGGAGACUCAUGCACCGACCAUUUUAUGCCGACGAAAAGCCGAUGGCGGACCGCGUGACGUUACUCCAAAUCAUACAAAUCCAGACCUUGUUGAUGGUAUAUCUCAGGAGAUCCCGAGACCAGAGAUGAGGCAGGCUAUUCGCUCGCCGACCACCUCACGCUUUAGGGGUUCGGAUGCCCAUGUCCCAGAUGCCGUGAAACCAGGCCCUGCUACUCUUCCGGUGAUCAAGACACCUUUGAAAUCGGAUAUUGAAAACCCAAGUCUUACAAAGCCAGAAUCUGCUGACAAGGCUACUCGGGCUGUUAAGAGACCAUUGACACCAGAUAUCGACGCUCCAAAUCCCAGAGCGCCAGACCCAGGUUUCGAGGUUUCUCGGGCGAUCAAGAGACCGUUGAAACUUCUGUUUUUCUCUCCAGUCAUCGUGGCUUGUUCACUUAUCAUCUCUAUUGUGGCAGGAACAAUGAACUUGAUCUUCGCCUCCCUGGGGCGUAUAUUUCAGGACGAGUACGGAUUUUCUACGAGCGCCUCCGGUCUCAUGUAUCUAGGAGUCACGACAGGAUUUCUGUUUGCGGCGUUCGUUUUCGGCAGGACGAGUGAUCGUAUCUCUCAGUUCUUGAUGAAGCGGAAUGACGGAAAACGGCAAGCUGAAUAUCGACUGCCUGCUAUGAUGAUUGGAUUGCCGCUGGUGGUCGUCGGUUUAUUCUAG